AUGGAGUUCAUUGGCGAGGGUGGUUUUGGAAAGGUGGCCUGGUGCAAACACAAACUAACCCAAGAAAAUGUGGCCAUCAAGAUUACAAAGAACAAGGCUGCAGUAAUGAAGGAGGCAAAGAAAGAGAUUGCCAGUCUUAAGCUACUGCAGCAACUGGAUACAGAGGAGGCCAACAUCGUGAGGUGGUACGGUUGCUUCAUCCAUGUAGACCUCCUUUGCAUGAAGUUUGAGCUCCUGCAUCAAAGUCUUCUCGACUAUAUGGACGAGCAGAAUUUUGAGCCUCUUGUGGUCAGCGAUCUUCAUGCUGUUGUGCAGCAGAUGGCCAAGGCAUUGCUCCACCUGGAGAGCCUGGGUAUGAUCCACUGUGAUGUGAAGCCACAGAACAUCAUGGUGGUCGACCCCGAGCAGUGGCCAUUGAGGGUGAAGCUCAUCGACUUUGGGCUCACUCACCAUAUUUCAGAGCCUCCAUCAUUUAUUGGGACCCUGUGGUACAAAGCUCCAGAGGUCUUGUUAGGUUUAGCCUACACAGAGGCAAUCGACAUGUGGUCACUGGGUGUGACCAUGGCCCAGCUGGCUGUGGGAGUACCCUUGUAUCCAGGAGAUCAUCUGUAUGAUGUGAUGAAAUACAUAGUUGAAACACAGGGCCCACCCCCAGACUGUCUGCUUCAGUUGGGACCAACCACUGACCGCUAUUUUAACAGGAGACAGAUAGACGGCCAUGACACCUGGACAUUGAAGACUCCUGAACUGAUUAAAAAACAGUAUGGGCAGGAGUUCCAGGAAUCCAGACAAGUGAUUUUAAGCUGUCUGGAUGACAUCAUGGAGAUGAUGGACAUAAGUACGUCAUGGAAGGAGGCUUCUGACUUUGUGGACCUUGUCAAACACAUGAUGUGCCUCCACAUGGAUGAGCGAAUCAGACCUGCUGAUGUACUGAAUCAUCCUUUCCUGGUGGAGUACAAACCUCAGGGCGUGGCAGAUGACCUUCCAGUCUUAGCUGAGGAAAAUUCUGACAUCACUACAAGCCAGGAAGAUGCUGAAACAGCAGCCAUCCUUCCUGUCGUUGCUGAGGAAAAGUCCGAGUUGGCUGAGGACCUCAUCACCACGAGCCAGGAAGAUGUUGAAACAGCAGCCGUCCUUCCUGUCGUUGCUGAGGAAAACUCGGACUUGGCUGAGGACCUCAUCUCCAUGAACCAGGAAGAUGUUGAAACAGCAGCCGUCCCUCCAG